GCUUCCCUUGGUGGGACCAGACACUUCAGUGGAGGUGAAGAUCUGAAGAUCCGAGGGUCAUGCCAUCGGUCUUUGUGGAAGUGGUUAGGAGCGUGCUCAAAGAGGUGUACCCCAGAGGAGAGCUUACCCCAGUGGACAGCCUUGGCAACUCUACGAGCUUCAGGCCCUACUGCCUCUUGAGCAGGAAACUCUCAAGCUCAUGGUUCUGGAAAUCCCGUUAUAGGUGUGUCAACCUGUCAAUCAAGGACAUCCUGGAACCCAAUGCUCCAGAACCAGAACCAGAAUGCUGUGAUCACUUCGGGAUCUCUGUUGUCAUUGAUGGGAACAUACAGGGCCGGAUGGCACUGGCAGGCAAAGGACACGGAGAAAUUUCUGGUGAGGCUGCAGUGUCUAACAGUUGCAAUGUCUCCGUGAACGUGCGUAUACUGCGUGUGGCUCAGAACACCUGGGAGUUCCUGCAGCAUGAGAGGAGCGUGCGGCAGCCUGAACACAGAAUCCUGCAACAGCUUCGGAGCCGUGGAGAUGAUGUAUUUGUGGUGACAGAGGUGCUGCAGACAGAGGAGGAGGUGCAGGUCACCCAGACCAACAGCAGAAAGGGCUUAGGAAAGUUUGCAGUGCCUGGAGCUUUCUUGAAGGGUGAAGGCGGGGGCCAGCUAAGCCGGAAGAAGAUGGUGACCAUUCCUGCAGGCAGCGUCCUUGCAUUCCGGGUCACCAAGUUGCUCAUUGACCCUACAUGGGACAUCCUUCUCUUCCCUGAUGAAAAGAAGAGGACCUUUGAGCUGCCCCCAUCAAGUGAGGCCCCAGAUGCUCUGGGAUCACUGGGACCCAACACAAAACAGUGCUUCCCCUUUCUCCCAUCCUCAUGCCUUACAGAGUAUGACCAGAGGCAGCAUUCCUUUAGCCUGCUUGCUAUACUGCAACCUCAGCCUUUGGAACUUAGGGCCCGUGAAGGUCAGUAUCCACUUGUCCACCCUGAGGCUCUACAGGUUGCGUCUCUGAUCUCUGGAAUUGACCCACCUACCCAGUGUUCCGCAAGAUCUCAUAGGCAUCAGUGGGUAGGGCCCUUUAUUCCUCCAGAUGAAAUCUGUGCGGAGAAGGUGGCCAGAAAUGACUUCCAAGGUCUGUGUGCAGAGGUGAAGGCUGGAUGCACACAACUGGGGUACUUAGGAAUGGAUUUAAGACAACAGCUACGAAUAAACAUUGGGAGGAUUUUACAUGACCAGCCCAGCAUGGAAGUCCUGGAGGCCUCACUGGGACAGGCCCUGUGCCGUGGUGGACAGGUAGAACCUCUGGAUGGCCCAGCAGGUAGCAUCCUUGAUUGUCUAGUGCUUCCCUCUGGAGAACUGGUUCUGGAACUUGCUGCCCCCAUCUUCUACCUGUUGGGAGCACUGACUGUGCUGAGUGAAACCCAGCAACAGCUGCUGGCAAACGCUCUGGAGACAACGGUGCUGUCCAAGCAGCUGGAGCUGGUGGAGCAUAUCCUGGAGAAGAGCUCCCCAUGGCAGAAGCAGAACUCUGUGGCCCUCCCCCACAGACUCUUUGGGAACAGCUGGCAUGAGGAGGCUCCCAUCUGGAUCUUGCUAGAAGAAUGUGGCCUAAUGCUGCAGGUGGACACCCCCCAGGUGCACUGGGAACCAACAUCUCAGAGCCCCACAUGUGCGCUCUAUGCCUCCCUGGCCCUAUUGUCAAGUCUCAGCCAGGGACCUUACAAGUCUGCAUGCCUCCCUUUUCCCAGCAUCCUCAUGUCCUGCUUCCAGCCAGGGCACAAUUCAGAAAGUAGAGCAGAGCCUCUAGGGACUGGGGAUGGAAUAGGAGAUACUUAA